ACCAACUGGUACAAGUACCAUAUAAUUACCACGAUACAAUUAAAAUAUCUGGUAAGCCUUAUUCUAUAUGUUCACCAAGCUAUACCUGAGUGAUUAUAAUGUCGAUACCGUAAUGAUUUUUUCAUGAAAAAUAAAACUGAACAAAAGAUGUAACAAAAUAAACUUUAGUCUUUCUAGGGUUCUCAAUAUAAGAGAGUAAAAUUUUCAAAUAAGCCCCCAGUUUCCCAAGGUAGUUUUCGAUUAAGCGCCCCCUUUUAUCAGGUGGGCACUUCUUCGAUGAAGAGCUUAAUAAGCGCUGGGCUCUUUUUGAACUUUGAGGAAAUUACCUAGUCCCUUAUUCAAGGGAGGGGCGCUUAAUCAGAUCAUUACGGUAUGUUAAAAUUAUAAUUAUUAAUUAUUGUUUUAGUAUGUAAAUAUGCCUAAAGAAGGUUUGUCAAAUGAUGAAUGGAAUUGUCGGCUGGAAAGGUAUGCCAACAGAAAUUGUGUUUGGUCGUGGGCAACGCCCCCUCAAAAGGUUCACGAUGGGCUAAAAUCUUGGAAAAAAUAGACCAAUGUCCAUUGCACAAGUCUUUAGGCAGUGUGAAUUUGUUUGGAAGCAAAAUUGUUUGUAACUGUGGCUUUCACAAGGAAAAGGUAUUUUAAAUGUUUUUUGUUGAAAGAUUUUGUAGACCUGUGCGUUAAUGGAUAGAUACUGGUUCAAAUCCAGUCUGCUUUAGUAUUGUACAAAACAUCAAAAGUAGCUUGUUGGAAGGUCAUCCAUGCACUUUUCUAUCCACACUUUACUUAUGCAUUCAUGUUAUAGGUAUCUUCAAAGGCAUUAGUUCAUAAGAGGUUUAUACAUUCAAAAUUACCUGUAAGCUUUACAUAGCUAAUACAAUUCUGUUAUGCCUCCACGUUCUGAUGGAUAUGCUUACGUAUAAACUUAUUUUUUUCUAAUAGCUAUUAACCACAUCAUCUUUUACAUUAACAUCCAGAACAAUUGCAACUAUUGUUAAAUCAAAGUCUAGCAUAUCUUUACCUCUAGAAAGUAAGGAGUUGAUUUCAACGACACUAUUGGAUAAAAAGCAAAUGCAACCUAAUGAAGUAACACCGACAAAAUCACCCCAGCCUUUACAAACAUUAGAAAAUGAGUGUGUUGAUUCUGAAGUUGCACCUGGAAUAAAAAAUCAGAUAACUGUAACACAACACUUACUAAAUGCAGUUGUCCAGAUCAAGAUGUUCAUUUGCAAACUACACUUUCUCCUAAAGUUCCACGACAGUCUAUAGACUACAGUUGCUGAUUGCCAAAAGGGUGGGAACAAAAUAUCACGCCAACUGAUCGACAAUGGAUAGGUCGAAGUGUGUUCUGUUCCAAAGGAAUACUUGCAACUCCCUUGAAAUUGUGGCAUCAUCCCCCUGAGGUUUCUUCAAGAAUUGUUAAACCAGAUCCCAGGCAGUACUUCACACGGCGUCUCUUUUUGUGGGUUCCGCGGAGAAUGUUUGCAUUCGAAUUUAAAUGUUCAUGUAGUCGCAGCUUUAAAUCCAAGGGGCUGUACGGCAGAGUCAGAAUUGUCUUGGAUGUGAAAGACUACUUCUAUGCAGUCACAGAAUAUCUAUACUGUACUUGUGGCGUUACGUUGAACACGUGGAAUUCCAGAAUACUCGAACAGCUGCCGUAUGCACUGAGAGUACGAUUUCCGAUUGUUCUGACAUGAAAGUAUGUUUGCCAUGCUUCACUGGUCACGAUACUACGCUUAAGGGCAUUGUGAAACAGUCCAACAGCUCUUAUGAACGAGCUGAUAGAAAUUCACAGUGAAGAGUGGAUGAAAAGACAUAUAGCGUACCUGUACGAUUGCCAAAAACAUAGUAAUGGACCGGCUGGCCUGAUGAAUUCAGACAAUGACUAUGACAUUGCGGAAGGUUUUCAGCUACUUCCUUGCGCUAGAUGGUUUCUUGCAGCCUAUACACGAGAUGUUAACCGACAGUUAGCAUCAAUUACAUCCACAUUUGGCGAAGUAUUGAAAAUAGAUUCGACAAAGAAAAUUCUUCGAAAACUGGCAGGGGAGAACAGAAAUUCAGCUAAUUGGCAGACAAACGUUGGCAAUGAAUACGGCGCCAUUUUACAAUCCGUAUUGACUAGCUCGGAGUCAAAUGAUGCACUUCCAUCAAUGGCAAAUGGUAUUGUUGCUUGCUACGCUACUGCAAAUGUGUCACCACCAACGUUGUUAUACACUGAUUGAGAUUACUUCAAUGAAAAUAGUCCGUCAAAAUAUCAACAGCUAUUCAGUGCCUGGAAAGACUUGGAAGUUCGACUCGACAUAUGGCAUUUCAUGAGAAGACUCGCCCGUGGGUAUACUUCUGAGUCACACCCACUGUACGGACCAUUUAUGGCAGGCUUAUCUUCAGCAAUCUUCGAAUGGGAUCGGGAAGAUCAUGCAAAGCUAAAAGAAACGAGCUAAAAAUUGCCGGAAUUGCUAAUCCCUCUGAGGACGCAAUAACUAAAGCAUUGCACAGAAAAGAAAUGACGACAUGUUGCAAGAGAAAAACAAAGGGCACCGAAGAAACAACAUCAGGAGUCGAACACCUACUCUAUCUUUUACUGGUGUUACUGAUUCGUUAGGGGUACCUUUGUUGAAUGAAAAUAUGAUCAACAUCUGGACAGAGGAGAAACGUCACGUGAAAUGUAUCCAAGAACUUUUGGACUUUCCUUUGUAAACGGUGACACGUUCAUACACCAAGGGAGGCAUCGUGCUACCUGUUUAUCCUUGAUCC